AUGCCACGAGCUGUGGGCCCACAGCGGCACAUCGCCCGAGUGUCAUUUUCGGACCUCGUGGAUCUCCUCUUUGGCCAUUAUCUUCUCACCCGUGGCGGCGAUCGUCGGGCUGCAGAGAUCUCAGACCUAUUCACCUUUGAGUUUGCCGGGAGGGCUCGACCGGUGCAUGCCGCUCAUCUUACGACACGAGCCGGCAAGCAGAACCAGCACGGCCGCCUCGAGACCGCCGGCGCGUAUCGGAAUAGGAACCCGCUAAUCUGCAUCUUGGGCGGUCCGUGGUACGACAUCCGGCUAAUCAAGGGUAACGGCACCGGCCGGACGGCGGCUUUCUCGUACAACUCACAGCGCGAGUGGGUUGUCAAGGCCUUCGCCUACGCCGGCGUCACGUCGCAGAAGAAGACGCAUAUCGGCCGCAGCUCGGGGCGAGGACGGCUGAACUAA